CCAUACCCAUUGGAAACUACACGCCACCGGAUAUCGACUACAACGAGCGCUUCAUGUGGGAGGGUGCCACCGAUAUGAGCGCCAACUAUCGACAUGCGCUGCAGCGUGGUCUGCCUUUUCCUAUACUCACGGUGGCCGAGUACUUUAGCCUCGGUCGCGAGGGCUUCUCUUGGGGCGGACAGUACAGGGCUGCGGGAUAUUUUGCAAGCAUAAUGCUGUGGUCUUCGCUGGCCUCGUGGCUGCUGAUGAACCUUUUACUGAUUGCCGUGCCACGGUAUGGUGCGUAUAUGAAGGCUCUUACGGGGGCCUUGCUCGUCUGCACCACCGUGGGAUAUCAUUGUCUGUUGCCCAAGCGACCGUUGUGCAUUUAUUUGGAGGGCGGACGAUUGGAGUUUCACUUUGGAUGGUGCUACUGGUUGGUUCUGGUAGCAGGUAUCCUCUGCUUUAUAGCGGGAGUUCUGAUCUCCAUCAUUGAUCUGGUGUGGCCGCAUACCUUCUCCACGGUGCUGGAGGUGUACUAUGGAACGCCCUAUGACCGCCAUGUGAUCCUGGAGGAGUCCAGCGAUGUGCGCUACCGCAAGCCCCGCAACAGUCGCAGCCUGGAGGAUCCCCCUGGUCUAGGCUCUCGCAUACUGCGCCGCUUAAGUUCGAAGGCACGUGACAUGAAGCACGGUACGGCGCCGCUACGUGACAGUCCCGCUGGCAUCUCCAACAACGCUGUCGGUGGUGGUGGUGGUGGAGGUGGCUUCGAGAACGAGGGCUUCCAGUCCGAUGUUCCGAAAAGUCCGUGGCGCUAUCCCUUCAGGCGUUCGCAGCAGAUGCCGCCGUCGCACCAGCAUCCGCUGCAGCAACAGCAGAGUCCCCAUCAGUCGCACCAUCCGCACCAGCACCACCAUCAGCAGCAGCUCCAGUUUGUGGGCGGGCCCGUGGUGAAACAUCCUAUGCAUCAUAUGCAACGCACCAUGUCCCAGGACUCCGGGUCGAGUAUUGGAUCGGCAGCAGUGCAAAUAUCACCACUGCAUAAGCAUGCUCUGUCCCGAAUGUUGCCUAAUCCUCCCGUAGAACGUAUACGUGACAUGGAUCACUGGUGAUGCCAUUGGACAAACCAAUUCAACAAUUAAUUCUUGACUACAGAUCGCUUAAAGAAACCGUAGAUUAAAACUAAAACAAUUGAUGAA